CAGGCAGCAACAACGGUUGAACGCGCGUUAGCAGCAGCAGGGGCUGAACGCGCGUUAGCAGCAGCAGCAGCUAGUGCGGUAGCAAUGGCUACCUCUUCAGCCACUUCUGCUGCUGGUCAGAGUCUGGGUAUGCCACUCAACUCGACUUCACAGUCCAUCUCCAGUACCUCAGGAGCUGGCACUAGUCAGAUGGCGGGUUCGCAGUUCAGCUCGCCACCUCCAUGCACCCGGGAGCAGAUGGAGCUCCAACAGGUAGAGAGGAUUCGCUUGAGGCUAGAGGAGGAACUCAGGCAGGCUACUAAAAGAGAGAAAGAGAUUAGAGAUAGGAGUGUCAGACUAGAGGGUAGGGAGGCAGACAAGGCUGCGCUAGAGGGGUUAGAUGACUCGACUCUUAGCAAUAAUGAAAAGAUUAUGAAGGCGAGCAUCCUGUCCAUGCACGCAUACAUGGACAGUAAACUAGAUACAAUCCAGGACACCUUGGACCAGAUCCUGAAUGCCAUGCACAGGCCAGGAAUCAGGCCAGAAGUCCUACCAUCGCUGCCAUUCUCAGCGACGACAGGCCCCUAUGCCGCUCGGUCUGGACCACCACCAAGUGGUACAUCAGCAGCAGCCCUAUCUCAGACUGUUGCUUCUUCAUCUUUCAGUCCAGCGACCGGUGCUACACUACAGUCGCCACCUGUAUCGCCAACGGUACAGCAAUUUCCUUGGUAUCCCAAGACCCCUCUGAAACCACCUCCAACCUUCUCAGGAGACAAGAAGGAUGAGGCUCUCGACACGUGGUUGAGAACGGUUCCAGUCUGGGUGAGGGCAAAGAGGAUAUUGGUAGAAGAGGAAGUGAUAACUGCUGCAUCCUACUUAGAGGGUUCAGCAGCUCGCUGGCUUAAUGGAUUGGUAGCUUCAAACGGAUUCGGUAGGAACAUGGGCGGGUGCAGAGUUAGAUGCAAGGAGAGUGCUGAGGGUAGCAACCUUGCCGCAGCAGUUAAGACUAAGGCAGCAGGCCGCAGCAAGGGCAGUCAACAAAGGAGUCAGGGGCAGGCCUCCAACCCAAACAAAAUAGCAGCUUGGGUUAGGGCACGUCUGGUUCAAGAAGUGUGGCGGGAUCGUUGGUCACGUGGUGCUUGCAUAAACUGCGGCGAGUACGGCCAUACGCAGUUUAAAUGCAAGAACCUGAAGGUCUCGCAGAAGAUCCCUCCUAAGGGUGGGUUUUCUUCUUCUCAGUCUGGGGCCGAGUUCCAGCUCGGGAAACACUUAGGGUCGGUAGAAGAUGUAGCUGCUUCUACUCUCGUUGAAGCGGGUGAUGUACCCUCCCCGUUUCAAGAGAUGGCCAAAGCUAUUGACUCCUUAGUCACCCCGCAGAUGCAUCCAGACCCAACUAUACUAUGUACGUUGGAUGUGUCUGAGGCCUUAGAGGACCUUCAAGGUGAGUGGUCGGCAAGGGAGCCUCGUGAGUCCUGGGUGGCACUGAGUAGAGGUCCUAGAGGGGAGCACUUCGUUGUGGAAGUUGGUGUCGGUGGUCGCAAGUGCGGCGCCUUCGUAGACAUUGGCUCCACACGAAACUUCAUAAGUCGCGACUGCGUUGACAGACUGUGCCUAAAGGACCGGGUGCAGCGCCUUAGUACAUCGGUAGCAUCUACCUUGGCCAACAAAGAGCACAUGAUGGUGGAGGACUGCGUUAAAGAUGCAGUCUGCACCUUCUCCUACCCAGGAGGAGAGAUAAAUCAUAAGAUAUCAUUCCUGGUGAGCAACAAGUUUCCCUUUGACAUGUUGUUGGGCAUGUACUACCUCGAGGUUGCCAAUCCCCAGUUUGACUGGGACAAGAAGGUGUUGAAGCACGAGUUGCCUAGUGAGAGAACCGUUAGACUGGCUAAAUAUAAAGCCAGUAGGUUAAUAGACUCCUAUGGGUGCUUAUGCGCAUCUGCCUUCUACAACUAUUAUAAACAGAACCAAGAGGAAGGAAUGUACUUAGUCUAUGUCUCUGCAAAAGGGGAGGCUGUUAAAACACCCCUAGAGAUAGAGACCAUCGUUGCUAAGUACCCUGAUCUGUUUGAGGAGCCCUCACGAGUCGUAGACAGGGAGGUUGUCCAUGCAAUACAGAUCAUCCCAGGUAGCAAGACACCUAAAGGGAGAAUCUAUAGAAUGGCUCCGGCCGAGUUGGACGAGCUUCGUCGGCAAUUGAAAGAGCUCACAAAAAAGGGUUGGAUACGGCCUAGCACUUCCCCCUUUGGCUCAUCAGUCCAACUUGUUCCAAAGAAAGGGGGAACACUGAGGAUGUGCAUUGAUUAUAGAGGCCUCAAUGCCAUCACCGUUAAGAACGCAGAGCCUCUACCACGCAUCGACGACCUAUUGGAUAGGGUGCAGGGAUCUUUCAAACAUUUGAAGCAUGCUCUCACGCACCAUGAGGUUCUCAUGGUACCCGACCCGCAAAGGCCAUUUGUUGUAACCACUGACGCAAGCCAAUACGACAUUGGCGCAGUGUUGGCUCAGCAGGAAGGGAAAAAGUUGAGACCGGUCAAGUACAUGAGCAAAAAGAUGCCAUCAAAGAAGUUGGCAAAGUCCACCUACGAGAGGGAACUCUACGCUCUCUACAAGGCACUCGUCCACGGAAGGCACUAUCUGUUAGGAAGGUUUUUCUAUUUGAGAACUAACCAUCAGACCCUCAAGUGGAUCAAGACACAACCGGUUCUCUCCGAUGCACUCAAACGUUGGAUUGAAGUCAUAGAUCAGUAUGACUUCAAAGUAGACUAUGUGAAGGGAGAGUACAACAAGGUUGCAGAUGCGUUGUCUAGAAGGGCGGAUUACCUGGGUGCGCUGAUUUAUGAGUUUGGCCUAUCUGAGGACCAGACUGUCAAACACAUCAAGAAAUCUCAAGAAGUCAUGAUUGCUUCUGAGAACAAGCGUCGCACACAGUGCACAUUUCAGGUAGGGGAACGUGUCUGGGUCAAGGCUACAGCGAGGGCAGCGUCAAACCUAACAGCUAGAGAACAGGCAGCGGCAGCCAGAGCAGCAGCAAUGGCUAACGGCGCAGCCUCUGCUGCAUCCUCGUCUGGGACUCAGUUGGGGAUGCCCCUUGGAUCCCCGAGUACUUCCGGAUCAGAAGGUUCUGGUCAGUCCACAAGGCAAAUGGCGGGCUCGCAGUUAAGCCCGUUGACCCCACGCGGUAGGGAGCUCCUAGAGCUCCAACAGGUCGAAAGGAUCCGCGAGCGGUUAGAGAGGGAACUGAAACAAGCAACCGACAAAGAAAGGGAAAUAAAAAAUAGAACAGCCAGGCUUGAUACGUUAGAGGCAGACAAAGCUGCACUAGAGGGUUUGGAUGAGUCAGCCAUGUCUGACCAAGUGAAAAUAUUAAAGAACAGCAUGUUGUUGCUGCAUGCUCAUGUGGACAGCAGGCUGGACUUCAUGCAGAACUUUUUAGACCAGAUCUUGGACCUUUUGCAAAGGCCAGGAUUCAGGCCAGCAGCGCAGUCGCCGUUGCCGUUAACGGCGAGGUCAGGCCCCUUUCAGGUACAAGCUGGCACACAACCAAGUGGUACGUCUGCAGCAGCCGCACAGACUGUUGCUUCUUCUUCUUCUGGGUCAGCAGUGGUUGCUACACCAUCACCGCAACAACCUGUUCCUCAACAGGGACAGCAGCAAGGUCAAUGGUACCCAAAGACCCCUAUGAAACCGCCCCUUGCCUUCUCCGGAGAGAAGAAGGAUGAGGAACUCAACACAUGGUUGAGAACGGUUCCAGUGUGGGUAAGGGCAAAGAGGACUUUGCAGGAGGAGGAGGUGAUUACUGCUGCAUCUUACCUUGAGGGAGUCGUAGAGAGGGAGAUUGUCCACGCCAUAGAAAUCAUUCCAGGGAGUAAAACCCCAAAGGGAAGGAUCUAUAGGAUGGCUCCGGUCGAGUUGGACGAGCUUCAACGACAACUAAAAGAGCUUACAGAGAAGGGAUGGAUCCGGCCGAGUACUUCCCCCUACGGAUCUCCAGUGCUAUUCGUACCGAAGAAGGGGGGUACAUUGAGGAUGUGCAUUGAUUAUAGAGGCCUCAAUGCCAUCACAGUAAAGAACGCAGAGCCUCUACCUCGCAUAGACGACCUAUUGGAUAGGGUGCAGGGAUGUAAGUACUAUAGCAAGAUAGACUUAAAAUCCGACUACCAUCAGACUGCAAUAAGACCUGAGGAUCAGCACAAGACUGCUUUUCAGACCAGAUACGGUCUGUAUGAGUUUGUAGUGAUGCCCUUUGGCCUUUGCAAUGCGCCGGGAACAUUCCAGUACGCCAUGAAUAGGAUCUUCCAUGACCACUUAGAUAAGUUUGUCGUAGUCUACCUUGACGAUAUUCUUAUCUUUAGUAAGUCUGUCGAAGAGCAUGCACAUCCCGUUGAGACUGUACUUUCACUCUUGCGACAGCACAAGUAUAAGGUCAACUUAGAGAAAUGUGAGUUCGGACGCACUAAGAUCUUAUACUUGGGUCAUGAAGUAUCCGUGGAAGGUAUUAGGCCGGAAGAUGCGAAGGUGGCUAGUAUCAGGGACUGGCCACGACCUCAGACUGUUACUGAGGUCAGAUCUUUCUUAGGAAUGUGCGACUACUAUAGGAACUUUGUGAAGAAUUAUUCCAAAAUCGCCUCUCCUUUGACUGAUCUAACUCAACUUGACAUGCCGUGGGACAAGAGUGAUGAGUGCGAGGCUGUUUUCAAACGAUUGAAGCAUGCACUCAUGAAUCAUGAGGUUCUUAUGGUGCCCGAUCCUCAGAAGCCAUUUAUAGUGACCACUGACGCAAGCCAAUACGACAUUGGCGCAGUGCUGGCUCAACAGCAUGAGAAAAAUUUGAGACCGAUUGAGUACAUGAGCAAAAAGAUGCCAUCAAAGAAACUGGCAAAAUCCACCUACGAAAGGGAACUCUAUGCUCUCUACAAGGCACUUGUCCAUUGGAGGCACUUUUUGUUAGGACGGUUCUUCUAUUUCAGAACUGACCAUCAGAGCCUUAAAUGGAUCAAGACUCAACCGGCUCUUUCUUAUGCACUCAAGCGUUGAAUUGAGGUCAUAGAUUAGUAUGACUUCAAGCUAGAGUAUCUGAAGGGAGAGUACAACAAGGUUGCAGAUGCACUGUCACGUAGAGCAGACUACCUAGGCGCACUAGUUUCGGACUUUGGUGUAUCUGAGGAACUAACUCAAUCGCUGGUGGGAGCCUAUCAGGAAGACCCUGUCACGAUGGAUAUCAUACGCAAACUUCAGGCAAAAGAUAAGGCCACAAAAAAUGAGUUUGUGAUGGUGGACGGGCUUCUCUUUCUUUAUAAGGCCGAAUUUAAAAGA